UCUAAGUGGGCGGACUUGUGUUGUGGGCUGGAUAAUAAGGCAAUGUUUAGAUCUGAGUUGUGGUCUGUCAAGCAGCUGUUGAGAAUGGAUCAUUUUUUGAUUAUUAUGCUGUUACUAAUUGUCAUUAUGGCAUUAUCUGAGGGGUUAGAACAGCACAGUUCGAAGCUGGCAUUUCUCAGACGGGCAAGGUCAUCAGAGGAAAGCAGUUGUCAGGGGUGGAAGGACUUCCAAGUCCAUUUAUCAGGCAACACCCACCAGUACAAAUUUGAAGACCUGAGUGGAUCAGUAUCGCUUGCUUGGGUUGGAGAUGGAAGUGGUGUUAUCCUUGUCCUGACAACAUUCCGUGUACCACUUAUGGUUGUUACGUUUGGGCAGUCAAGACUCUAUAAGAGUGAAGACUAUGGAAAAUCCUUCACAGACAUCACUCAGUUGAUCAAUAACACCUUUAUCCGCACAGAAUUUGGCAUCGCCAUUGGGCCAGAUAAUUCUGGAAAGGUUGUACUAACUGCUGAUGUUUCUGGAGGUCACCAUGGAAGGAUUUUUAGAUCUGAAGACUUUGGGAAGUCCUUUAUACAGACAGACCUCCCAUUUGAACCACAGCAGCAGAUCCUUUACCACCCCAGGAAUGCCAGUUCCUUGUUAGUGAUCAGUUUGAACAAGAGCCUGUGGCUUUCCAUGAACUUUGGAGACACAUGGCAGCGGAUCCAUGAGAAAGUCUGCUCUGUCAGAUGGGGUCCUGAAGAUGAAAUUUACUUCACAACAGACAGUAAUGAAUUGUGCAUUGGGCGUGGUGCACUGGAGCUGUGUAGAAGCACUGAUUUUGGUAAAACUUCAAAAGUGAUUGCACAAAAUAUCUUCUCUUUUGGCCUUGGAGGAAAAUUUCUUUUUGCAUCCAUUAUGACUGGAAAGGGAAAUUUAAGAAUGAUUCAUGUGUCUGUGGAUCGAGGUGACACUUGGAACAUGGCUCAACUGCCUCCUGUAGGGCAUGAACAGUUCUAUUCUAUUCUGGCAGCAAAUGACUAUGUAGUUUUUAUGCAUGUAGAUGAACCAGGAGAUACUGGUUUUGGCACAAUAUACGUCUCUGAUGAUCGAGGAUUGUUAUACUCCAAGUCUCUAGAACGGCAUCUCUACACAGCAACUGGAGGUGAAACGGAUUUUACAAAUGUGACUUCACUGCGUGGCGUAUACAUUACUAGUGUACUGUCAGAGGAUGGCUCUGUUAAAUCUGUUAUCACUUAUGAUCGGGGUGGAGAAUGGAGUCCAUUGAGGAAGCCAGAAAACAGCGAGUGUGAUGCUACAGCAAAAAGCAAGGAUAAGUGUAGCCUUCACAUUCAUGCUGCAUACAGCAUCUCUCAAAAGGUCAAUGUUCCACUGCCUCCCAUCUCGGAACCCAGUGCUGUUGGACUUGUUCUAGCACACGGUAGUGUGGGUGAUGCUAUGUCCCUGCUGAAUCCAGAUGUGUACGUGUCUGAUGAUGGUGGAUAUUCCUGGAUUAGGGCACUUAAGGGCCCUCACCACUAUGCCAUUCUGGACUCCGGAGGACUUAUUGUAGCUGUGGAAUACCAUACACAGUACCACUCCAUCAACACUAUAAAGUUCUCAACUGAUGAGGGGCAGUGUUGGUAUUCUUACAAUUUUACCGAUGAUCCCAUCUACUUCACUGGUUUAGCUUCAGAACCAGGGGCUAAAAGUAUGACUGUCAGCAUAUGGGGAUACAGGGAGACUUUGAUCUCGCAGUACUGGGCAUCCUUCACUGUGGACUUCAGGGAUCUCCUUACUCGAAACUGUGAAGACGGUGAUUACACAAAGUGGCUUGCUCACUCCAGAAACACUGGUGAUUCCACUGAUGGUUGUAUGCUUGGCUAUAAAGAACAGUUUCUGCGCCUCAGAAAAUCUUCUGUAUGCAGGAAUGGUCGUGAUUAUGUGAUAACCAAACAGCCAGCCCCUUGCCCCUGUACCUUGGAAGACUUCUUGUGUGAUUUUGGAUAUUACCGUCCUGAGAAUAAGUCAGAAUGUGUGGAACAACCAGAGAUAAGUGGAAUUCUUGAAUUUUGUUUCAAUGGGACACAAGAGCAGUUGCAAACAACUGGAUAUCGAAAGAUACCUGGGGAUAUGUGUGAAGGAGGGAUUCUACUACCUCGCAAAAUAAUAGACCUGAAGAAGAAAUGCAACAACAGCAGCAGUCUGGUGAACCCCCCGUUGGAUGUCCCACAGUCUCAUCAGUCUGUCCCAACUUCACCACACUCCAUAGUGAUCUUUGUGACCAUUAUAGCCAUCCUGCUGGUUAUCAUUAUAUUGGGAGUGCUCCUGGUUAAGAAGUACGUCUGUGGAGGCAGGUUUCUAGUCCAUCGAUACUCAGUCCUGCAACAAAAUGUUGAAGCCAGUGGAGUAGACACAGAGGAGAAGCUAGAGAGCAGUGCCUUUAGCUCAUCAAAGCCCAUGUACCACGAUGAUUCUGAUGAGGAUCUUCUCGAGUAGUACUGCGUUUGCAAGGCCUAGACGAUGCACUUUUCUGCUUCUGGAGCAGAGGAAAUGUAGACUUCGAAAUUCACAGCUAUUUCUACAGAGUUGUCUACACCACAGUUGCCUUUGCUUCUCUCCAGUAAACUUUUCUCUCUUUCUCUGCAACUUUCAGCGACAACUUUUUUUGCAAUAAUUAAAGGUGAAAAAGUGGAACUGAUCUGUAAGCAGAGAUUCUGCAGGGACAGGAAGACCUUAGAUUUCCCCUGAUUUGCUUCUUCGAGGAAACACUUUCUAUUUACAGAAUGAGAUAUGAAUGAAUUGUAGUGUCCUAAAACUACUUAUCACUAUAUGUUGUGGAGUCUCCAUGGAAAAUGGAAAAGAUAGUUGUCAACUUUGUUUUCAUGUUUAUGAAAAAUGUAAACUUUGUGGUAAAGCAGAUUGAGAUGACACUUUGAGAUUAUAGUUACCUUCCCUUGGUGCCAUGUUUGCUACUUAUGGUGAUGUCUUGGCAAGUGUUUUGACUACAGCAGAAAGUUGAUUUGUUUCUUGUAAACCAGAGAAGUAUGAGCACCUUUGCUUUGUUCUGCAUGUAAUGAGUGCCCUUGUCCAGUUCUGUUUUCCAAGUUGUGCUACUCAAAAAAAAAAAAAAAAAAAAUGCUGAAAUAUUCUGCAUAAGAAAGGUUGGUAACAUAUUCAUAGAAAAUAUAGUAACUUGGUAUGUUUUUUAUGAUUCAGAAGGGUGUAAGUUUCAUGUUGGUUAACUCUAUAUGAUGUAGUAUGAUAUGUCUUAAUUUAUUUUAUGUAAUUUGAUUCAUUAAACUAGUAGAAGUGCAUUUUCAUCAUAUUAGUACUGGUAGGGCUGUUGUAAAUUAGAAUGCUUGUUUGCAGUGAGACCUAUUUUUGGUAAGUGACAGUAUGCACAACUCAUCUGGGAAGUGAGUUGCUGCAAAGAAUCAAAUUUUGUUUUGCUCACAUUUCAAAUAGUAAAUUUGAGAGGUUUUUUUCUGUUUGCAUACCUGCUAGAUAAAACUGUUCCAUAACAAGUGGCAGAUGCAGAUCUGAGAGCAGUGCCGUCUAGACAGACGCCAUUAGUUUUAUACUUAACUGUCCUAUUCCCCAGUACAUUACCCUCAUCUGUUGGUAUUGAUACAUAUUUGUUUCUGUAACAUUUAAAUUUGGGAGACAUGGUACAGCUCUGCAGGUAUUUGAAAAAAAACCUGUUUACACAUGCUUUACAGAAUCCUGAUGGAUUUGUUGCUUACUAAAGUUCUGUUACAGAAACAUUUUUGCACUUCUCAGGUUGCUUAUUUAUAGGUUCAUAGGUUCAUACUAGGCUAUCUGCCCUAGGGCAUUUAUAAGCCUAGCCAGAGUAUGUUUGGCUUUCGCCACCUAUUUUAAAUUAAUUUUGCAUGGUAUAUAAAUUGUUCUAGGCCAUAGAUACCCCCACAUAGUUGCAGUGAGCCUCACUCAAAUAAUAUAAGCCGUACAGCUCAUCAAAAAUGAUUUAGGGCUUCACAUAAAAUUGAGAUCUACUGGUGUAAUGUAAUUUUUAAGUGUAUUUGUUGCUGUUCAUUUGUAAGAGCAGAUCAUCUUCCUUUCAAACUCGCACAUAUGAAGUACAAGAAGUUUGCCUUAGUGUUUUUCACCGCUAAUUUCCAGUCAGAUGAACUGAUAUGCUGACUGUUGUCCUUUUGAAUAUAUUGUGAACCACUCUGUACCAAUACCUAAAAGUCAGCAUUUAUUUACUCCAUAUAAUUUAGCUCCCUAUUUGAGAAAUGCAGCUUUAGACUAAUGCAAGCCCUGAUAUCCACACAGCCCUUAUAUAUAUAUAUAUAUAUAUAUAUAUAUAUAUAUAUAUAUAUAUAUUUCCCCAUAAUGGAAUGGAGGGCUGAACAGGAGGGGCCAUCUUUCAGACAGUCAUCUGGGAUGGUUCAAACCUUUUCAACUGUAAGCCCUGCAUGCCCCCCAACGAAGUACCAGGGAAGGGACUUGCAGUGUUCCAACCAUGAAGGCCAUCACUUCACUUUCACAAGGAGAGUUCCCUCUAAGCAGCUCUUUCUCUUCCCCAAAGUACUUAGCAAUUGUUUCUAUGGCCUCUACCAGAGAACUUGCACUGCUUGGUGUGCUCCUAAGUGUGUGCAACCCUCACCAUUCCCAGGGGCAGGUGAGCAGUGUCACACUCCUUCACUUCUCCCUGCCUUGCCAAACCCUCUUGCCUAGGUAAGAGUUAAGGCUCCAUCCCUUCUUGUGCCAUGGAUGCAAACGUAACCAUUAAUGUAUGUUUGACCAUCUGAAAACGUGAAGCAAGUUUAAACAAAUUAAGUGCUCUGUACUUUGUUAUAGCCUUAGAAGGUCUAAUUUUCUGUUUCUUAUUUCAGUGAAACAGUCAAGGAAGACAAUUUCAUUAACCUCUUUCUUUUCAAAUCAUACUUUUCUCCCUUUCUGCCAGUGCAUAUACACACACACACACACACACACACGCUCAUGGUAGCCCAGCUGCUGUGACAAUCUUUUGAUAAUGCUCCAGUGGGAAGACAUGAAUUUAUCUGUUCAGUUUGGGCACAUAUGGAAACUUCAUUUAAAAUAUGCUUCUAGAGACUUCUGUGGCACUGGCUGGAUGUAGCCUGUGCACACAAUGCUGCCAGUUGUCCAUUAACUGCAGCAGAUCAUAUCUUCCUUCCAUGGUAUCACAUCCAUUUGAAACCCUUGUCAGUUAUUAGUAUAUUUUGAAUAAAAACACAGGUUAGUUUUA